AUGGCAAAGCAAGCACAUGUGCUAGUUAUACCAGCCUCAGUACAGGGCCAUGUCACGCCCCUCAUGGAGUUGUCUCAGAGCCUGGCUAUUCGUGGGAUCAAGGUUACAUUUGUUACUGAAGAAUCAGUGAAAGAAAGAAUAAUGGCUGCAUUUCCCAAUAAGGGUAGCAUGCACAGCCUCAUUCAUCUGGCUUCUAUCCCGGAUGGGGCGAAAUUCGGAGAUGACACCAAAGAAAUUGAUGCUGCCAGAAAAGUAAUGCCGGGUUAUUUAGAGAACUUGAUUAGGAAGAUCAAUGAAGAAUCAGACAACAACAACAAGAUCAAUUGUUUCAUCGCAUCAGCAGCAUUGAAGUGGGCGAUGGAAGUUGCUGAGAAGAUGGGAAUCAAGCGAGCAGUGUUUAGCACAACCUCGGUCGGAGUUCUAGCCUUGUUACUUCACAUUCCUAAGCUUAUUCAGGCUGGAAUCAUUAAUGAAAGCGGAACUGCUUUGAAGAAUGAGAUGAUUCAGUUGUCUCCAAACGCGCCAGCCAUUAGCACAGCUGAUUUGUUGUGGAAUUGCACAGAGGAUCCAACCAUGCAAAGUAUCAUUUUCAAAGCAGCAUUGGAUACGAAAAAUGUUGCCAAACUUUGUGACUGGAUUCUUUGCAACUCAUUUUACGAGCUGGAGCCAUGGUUCUGUGACUUGAUUCCGAACAGCCUUCCUGUAGGUCCACUGCUUUCAGACGUCAUACCUGGGGGAACAAUCGGAAGCCUCUGGCAGGAGGAUUCCACCUGCAUAAGCUGGCUAGACCAGCAACCUGCCCGCUCCGUCAUUUAUGUUGCCUUUGGAAGCUUUGCAACAUUCAGCCAGAGCCAAUUUGAUGAACUAGCAGCUGGGCUCCAGCUUGCGUCUGAGCCAUUCUUAUGGGUUAUUCGGUCAGAUUUCAUGAAGGGGUCUAACAGAAACCAAGAUGAAUUUAGGGAUGGAGUAGCUCAUUGUGGAAAGAUAGUGAGUUGGGCUCCUCAACAAAAGGUUCUGGGUCACGCUUCUGUUGCCUGUUUCAUAAGCCAUUGUGGUUGGAACUCGAUAAUGGAUGGUUUAAGCAUGGGGGUUCCCUUUCUAUGUUGGCCUCAGUUUGCCGAUCAGUUCUUUAACAAACACUUGAUUUGUGACGUUUGGAGGGUUGGUUUAGAUUUGGAGGUAGACGAAAAUAACAUAGUAUCAAGAGACGAAAUCAAGAGUAAGGUGAAGAAAUUGCUUGCUGAUGAAAGUAUAAAAGUAAAGGCUUCGGAGUUGAAAGAAAUGUCUUGGAAGGCCGGCAACCAAGGUGGCACUUCUUUCAGUAACCUUGAAGACUUUGUUGAACAGAUCAAGUGUUUGAUGUAA